CACCAACAGCAACGCGCCAAGCCGCUCCACCAACCACAUACAUCUAACCUCACUAACUACAGGGAUCUCUCGCGCUGCAAGUGAGGAACUCUUUCGACCCUUCGCGCCGAACCCAUAACCCCAUUUACCACCAGAGCAUGGAAUUGAACAGAGAACAUUUUAGCAGAGGCACUCCAGCGGGCAAACGCAAACAUUCUGGAUCCCCUGCCUUCAAGGACCGACCAUCGAAACACAUGCGCGAAACGGACAGCUUUUCGGACGACGACAGUGACCUGGAGGUAGACAUGAUAUCCCCAGAUGCGUCCGCCCUCACCUUGCCCCUGGGCAUCGAGCCCGAGAGGUUACUGCCAGCCACCGCGCUGGCAGACUCUGCCGAGUGGCAGCGGACAAUAGAGUCGGUCGUGAGGAACGUCGUCUCGAUCCGGUUCUGCCAGACGUGUUCGUUCGACACCGAUUCGGCCUGCACGAGUGAGGCGACGGGUUUCGUGGUGGACGCGGAGAAGGGAUACAUCAUGACGAAUCGACACGUCGUCUCGUCGGGUCCCUUCUGGGGAUACUGCGUGUUUGAUAACCACGAGGAGUGUGAUGCCUAUCCCGUCUACCGAGACCCUAUCCACGACUUCGGAAUCCUACGAUUCAACCCGAAGGACAUCAAGUACAUGCCAGUUGCUGCGCUGCAGCUUCGACCCGAUCUUGCCAAAGUUGGCACGGAGAUUCGCGUCGUCGGUAACGAUGCCGGAGAGAAGCUCAGCAUUCUAUCAGGUAUAAUCAGUCGGGUGGACCGAAAUGCACCGGACUACGGCGAGGGAUACAACGACUUCAACACCAACUACAUACAAGCUGCGGCGUCUGCUAGCGGUGGUAGUUCGGGCAGUCCUGUAGUCAACAUCGACGGCUACGCGGUUGCGUUGCAGGCGGGAGGUAGCACCGAAGCUGCAACAGAUUACUUCUUGCCGCUCGACCGGCCUUUGAGAGCUCUCCAGUGUAUCCAGGCCGGAAAGCCUGUGGCUCGAGGAACCAUCCAAACGCAGUGGCUGACCAAGCCAUUCGACGAAUGUCGUCGGUUGGGGUUGACGCCUGCUUGGGAGGAUGUUGUACGGAAGGGGUUCCCCAAGGAGGUCGGCAUGCUUGUUGCGGAGACCGUCUUGCCCGAAGGUCCUGGACAUGAACACAUCGAGGAAGGUGAUAUCUUGCUCAAGGUCAACGGCGAGCUACUUACCAAGUUCGUCCGCCUGGAUGAGAUUCUUGAUGAUUCUGUCGGCCAGACGGUCAAACUCUUGAUCUCGCGUGGUGGACAGGAUAUUGAGGUGGAGCUUACCGUCGGCGACCUGCAUGCUAUAUCCCCAGAUCGUUUCCUGGUCGUGUGUGGCGCCGCUUUCCACAACCUCUCCUAUCAGGCUGCUAGACUUUACGCGAUUGCAGUCAAGGGUGUGUAUGUCUGCGAGCCCGCUGGAUCUUUCAGAUUCGACGGUGGCGCAGACUCGGGUUGGAUAAUCGAGUCUGUAGACAAUCAAAAGACGCCCUCACUCAAUGAGUUUAUCGAAGUUAUGAAGACUAUUCCAGAUCGUGCAAGAAUCGUUGUCACAUAUCGGCAUCUUAGGGAUUUGCACACCAUGCAUACAUCGAUCUUGCAUAUCGAUCGCCAUUGGACCAGUAAGAUGAGAAUGGCUAUUCGAAAUGACACGACCGGUCUGUGGGACUACGAAGACAUCGCCGAUCCCCUACCACCACAACCAGUGCUUCCCCAGAAAGCACAGUUCAUUCGAUUGGAUCAUGUUAGCCAACCAUGUGUAUCCGACUUGAUUCGUUGCUUCGUUCGGGUGUCGUGUGCGAUGCCACUGAAGCUCGACGGAUUUCCGAAGUCCCGCAAGUCUGGCUUCGGGCUUGUCGUCGAUGCAGAGAAGGGGUUGGUGAUCGUGUCGAGAGCUAUCGUGCCGUAUGAUCUGUGCGAUGUGUCCGUCACAAUCGCCGAGUCCGUGAUCGUGGAAGGCAAAGUACUAUUCCUGCAUCCCCUGCAGAAUUACGCCGUUGUGCAGUAUGACCCGAAGCUUGUCCAGGCGCCUGUGCAGUCCGCCAGGCUCAGCGAAGAGUCAAUGAGACAAGGAGCGGAAACUAUCUUCUUGGGAUUCAACCAGAAUCUGCGGGUUGUUGUGGCGAAGACUUCGGUCACCGACAUCACGACGGUUGCCGUCCCCCCCAACUCAACAGCACCUCGAUACCGUGCAAUCAACAUCGACGCCAUUACUGUGGACACGAACUUGAGCAGCCAGUGUGGAAGUGGUGUUCUUGCGGAUGAGGACGGAACAGUACGGGCCCUCUGGUUGACAUACCUGGGCGAGCGAGCUCAUGGCGGCAAGGAUGUGGAAUACCAUCUGGGUCUCGCAACGCCUUCGGUACUACCCAUCAUUCGACAGAUCCAGCAAGGGAUAAUCCCCCAGCUGAGAUACCUGAACGUUGAACUGCACUUGGUUCACAUGAGCCAGGUCCGUAUCAUGGGUGCAUCGGAGGAAUGGAUCCGAAAGGUCGAGGAAGACAACCCCGAGCGCCACCAGUUGUUCAUGGUCCGCAAAGUCGAAUGCGGCCGUGCACAGGUGCUGCAAGAGGGUGAUCUGAUCCUCAGCAUCAACGGGAAAAUCAUGACGCGAAUCACCGACCUUGACGUUAUGUACGACAAGGAGGAGCUGGAUGUGGUCAUCGUGCGAGGCUGCGAGGAGAUGAACUUGAGGGUCCCCACCGCCCCUACGGACGAUCUGGAGACGGAUCGUGUGGUCAUCUUCUGUGGAGCGGUACUGCACCGCCCCCACCACGCAGUCCGACAGCAGAUCAGCAAGAUGCACUCGGAGAUCUACGUUUCUGCACGAACGAGGGGAAGUCCGGCGUAUCAGUACCAGCUGGUCCCGACAAACUUCAUCUUGGCGGUCAACGGCGUCAAGACACAGGAUCUCGACAGCUUCCUCGCCGAGGUGUCGAGGAUUCCCGACAAUACUUAUUUCAGACUGAAGGUCAUGACCUUCGACAAUGUUCCCUUUGUUAUCUCUAUCAAGAAGAAUGAACACUAUUUCCCGACAAUGGAGUUUAUCAAGCAAGGGGAUGGGUGGAAACGGCAGACGUACGACGGGAAGUCGCCACACGAAGGGUUGGAGUCCAACAUGGUGGCAGAGAUCAUGGAUGAGGUGGCGGCAUACGAAUGAGCGAAUACGGUGUCCGUCUUGUUAUUUUGAUAGACCAGUAGCGGCGCUUUUGUUUUCUGUCUGAUCUCCGUGGGCUGCAUCGAGGAGGCUCUGUGACUGACUGUCCUUUCAUUGCAUUGUCUGAGUGUUGUAUGUACAUUAUUGGAAAUGCGUGAGGGACUGAGAACGAAAUGAGUUGAGCGCUUGUUCGUGAGUGCUUAGUGG